AUGAAUGGAACCCAUCGUCAUCAUCUUCUUCAGCUAGUUUUAUCGUGCCGUAAAAUCACGGCUCAAGUGACUCAACCAGAAACCACAACGAUCGUAGCCAUGGCUUCAUCUUCCGAGCAAGAAUUCUUAGCCCAGAGCCGAGCUAAUCUCCACCGAUUCCAUCGUUCCAACAGUUUCUGGGACUCGAAGACAGCUUCACGCGUCGGUGAGAAGCUUGGGUUACGUCUUAGAGAGCUUGGUGUCGAUGCAGUCUCCAUUGAUGCAGCCGAAGAGAUCUCUCGACCCAUUCACCACCGUAAAAGGGUUCUUCCGUUGUUUGAUUCCGUUCGUCGUACCGGAAUCAGAGUCGACGGAACCGAGCAGUUGAUUGAAAUCGGUCCGGUUAUUCCCAGAAAUUAG